UUGUAGAUCCAAUCGUACAUCUACUAUAUAUUUUUAAAACCCCAUCCAUUUGACAGUUGAUCUAUAAAUCAGUCAGAUUAUUUUGCACUAUUUUUGAUACACUCUCGUUAGCAACGAUGAAUGUUCUAACUACUGGAAUAAUUUUAUACUCAUUCUAUCUUUCCAUUUGUAUGGAUCCUGAUGAUGAUGUAUUUGGAUUCGAUCCUGAUGACGAUGGAGACGGAAGCAUGCUCCCUCCGCACCAAAGAAGCUCUAUGUUUCGUGAUGAUCUCGGAUCAUCAUUUACCUCAGGUUAUACUAAACAAGAUUUGGAUGCCAAAUUUCCAGGUAUGAAAAAGAGUAAGGGGCCCAAAGACAAAGGGAAACCUCAUCCUACAAAGCCUGUCAAGAGUACCUUAAUGCCAGGAAAUGAUGGUCAAACAGGAGCUACUGGAGGUUAUCCAGGUGGUUAUCCCACUCAAGGACCUUAUGGUCAACCAGGAGCUACUGGACCCUAUGGACAAGCAGGUUACGUUGGUCAACCGGGAGCCGUUGGACCUUACGGUCAACCAGGAGCUGUACCCUAUGGACAAACUGGUUAUCCCACUCAACCAGGAGCAGCUGGAGGUUAUCCAGGUGGUUAUGCUGGCCAACCUGGUCCUUAUGGUCAACCAGGAGCUACUGGACCCUAUGGACAAGCAGGUUAUGUCGGUCAACCGGGAGCUGCUGGGGGUUAUCCAGGUGGUUAUCCUCCACCAGGAGCAGCUGGAGGCUAUGGAGGCGGCCCACCCGGUCCAGGUCAGCCAAGCGGUCCCCCUGGUCAAGCUCCUGGCAAUAUGCAAUUGUUGAAAAUAGAUGUAAAAAAUCCAAACAAUGGUCCAAAUAUUAUUUUUGAAGAAUAUAUAGCCGGAAAGCCAGAACGUCGUCACCGUCAGUUUACCCCUGUUCCUGGAUGUGGAAUUAAUCAAGUAAAUUAUGACGGCGAAAAAGUUUGGUCAUUAGAAGUGGGUGGCGAUUAUGCAGUAAAAGUUCUUGUUUUUCCUAUAGGGUUUAAAGAAAAAACUAUUGAAAUCACAUUUAUUGGCGGUGAAAAGGAAAUCUAUAAAAAGAAAGGGCGUAAUAAACCAUGGACAAAACAAUAAAUAGAAACACGAGGGAAGACCAACUGAUUAAAGGCGCAAUCUUCAAAAAUUCCUAUUAAUGUAGUUGACCUGAGUA